AUGACUCAUCUCUCCUCUCCGCCACCGUCACUGACCCACGCGCCGCCCGUCAACGAUACCCAUCUGAUCUUGCUCCUUCUUGGUUCAUUCCCAAAAGGGUUAGCUGAAGUCACAAACUUCUCCUUUUGCUCAUCCAUGUCUAUCAUCAGGGUUUCCGGGCAAGAUGGAUUAGGCAAGACAAUACUUGCUUUGAAUGUUAUCAAGGAAGCUCAAAAGCUUGGAGGUUAUUGUGCUUACUUGGAUAUGGAGAAUGCACUGGACCCCCUGCUGCUUGAAACAAGUGUAGCAGUUGAUGUGAUUGUUAUCGACAAUGUUGCUACUCAUCUCACAACGUGA